GUUGUUUCCUGUUCUUGGCUAUUCUGAAUAUGCUGCAGUGAAUAUGGAAGUACAGUUAUCUCCUCAAGAUCCUAUUCUGAGUUCUUUUGGAUAAAUAUCCUGAAGUGGGAUUGCUGGAUCAUAUGUAUUUGAGAGUGAUGGUCAGCCAUAUAGAAGAAUACAUUGAGCCUAUAGUUUUCUGAAGAAUCAGUUCAAAAGAUCCAAAAAAUACAAAAGGAGAAGUACAAAUGUCUACCACAAGACGAAAACGUAAUAUGUUAUGUUGUUUACCGUAAGCUGUAGUAAAAUGAGCUCGAUUGUUGACAGAGAUGAUGGCAGCAUUUUUGAUGGGUUGGUGGAAGAAGAUGACAAGGACAAAGCAAAAAGAGUAUCUAGAAACAAAUCUGAAAAGAAACGUAGAGAUCAAUUUAAUGUUCUCAUUAAGGAGCUGGGAUCCAUGCUUCCUGGUAAUGCUAGAAAGAUGGACAAAUCUACCGUUCUACAGAAGAGCAUUGAUUUUUUACGAAAACAUAAAGAAAUCACUGCACAGUCAGAUGCUAGUGAAAUUCGACAGGACUGGAAACCUACAUUCCUUAGUAAUGAAGAGUUUACACAAUUAAUGUUAGAGGCUCUUGAUGGUUUUUUUUUAGCAAUCAUGACUGAUGGAAGUAUAAUAUAUGUGUCUGAGAGUGUAACUUCAUUACUUGAACAUUUACCAUCUGAUCUUGUGGAUCAAAGUAUAUUUAAUUUUAUCCCAGAGGGGGAACAUUCAGAGGUUUAUAAAAUACUCUCUACCCAUCUGCUGGAAAGUGACUCAUUAACCCCUGAAUAUUUAAAAUCAAAAAAUCAGUUAGAAUUCUGUUGUCAUAUGCUUCGAGGCACAAUAGACCCAAAGGAGCCAUCUACCUAUGAAUAUGUGAAAUUUAUAGGAAAUUUCAAAUCUUUAAACAGUGUAUCCACUGCAGCACACAAUGGUUUUGAAGGAACUAUACAACGCACACACAGGCCUUCUUAUGAAGAUAGAGUUUGUUUUGUAGCUACUGUCAGAUUAGCUACACCUCAGUUCAUUAAGGAAAUGUGCACAGUUGAAGAACCCAAUGAAGAGUUUACAUCUAGACAUAGUUUAGAAUGGAAAUUUCUAUUUCUGGAUCACAGGGCGCCACCCAUAAUAGGAUAUUUGCCAUUUGAAGUUCUGGGAACAUCAGGCUAUGAUUAUUAUCAUGUGGAUGACCUAGAAAAUUUGGCAAAAUGUCAUGAGCACUUAAUGCAGUAUGGGAAAGGCAAAUCAUGUUAUUACAGGUUCCUGACCAAAGGACAGCAGUGGAUUUGGCUUCAAACUCAUUAUUAUAUCACUUACCAUCAGUGGAACUCAAGGCCCGAGUUUAUUGUUUGUACUCACACUGUAGUAAGUUAUGCAGAAGUUAGGGCUGAAAGACGACGAGAACUUGGCAUUGAAGAGUCUCUUCCAGAGAUAGCUGCUGACAAAAGCCAAGAUUCUGGGUCUGAUAAUCGUAUAAACACAGUCAGCCUCAAGGAAGCAUUGGAAAGGUUCGAUCACAGCCCAACCCCUUCUGCUUCCUCCCGGAGUUCAAGAAAAUCAUCUCACACAGCUGUCUCAGACCCUUCCUCAACACCAACAAAGAUCCCAACGGAUACUAGCACUCCUCCUAGACAGCAUUUACAAGCUCAUGAAAAGAUGGCACAAAGGAGGUCAUCAUUCAGUAAUCAGUCGAUAAAUUCCCAGUGUAUUGGUCAAUCAUUAACACAACCAGUGAUGUCUCAAGCCACACAUUUACCAGUUCCACAAGGCAUGUCCCAGUUUCAGUUCUCAGCUCAAUUAGGAGCUAUGCAGCAUCUGAAAGACCAAUUGGAGCAACGAACACGGAUGAUAGAGGCAAAUAUUCAUCGGCAGCAAGAAGAAUUAAGAAAAAUUCAAGAACAACUUCAAAUGGUCCAUGGUCAAGGCCUGCAGAUGUUUUUACAACAAUCAACCCCUGGGUUGAAUUUUGGUUCUGUUCAACUUUCUUCUGGAAAUUCAUCUAACAUCCAGCAACUCGCACCUAUAAAUAUGCAAGGCCAGGUUGUUCAAACUAACCAAAUUCAAAGUGGAAUGAAUACUGGACAUAUUGGCACAACUCAGCAUAUGAUACAACAGCACACUUUACAAACUACAUCAAAUCAGCAGAAUCAACAAAAUGUACUGAGCGGGCACAGUCAACAAACAUCUCUUCCUAGUCAGACACCUAGCACUCUUACAACCCCACUGUAUAACACUAUGGUGAUUUCUCAGCCGGCAGCCGGAAGCAUGGUCCAGAUUCCAUCUAGUAUGCCACAGAACAGUACCCAGAGUGCUGCAGUAACUACAUUCACUCAGGACAGACAAAUAAGAUUUUCUCAAGGUCAGCAACUUGUGACCAAAUUAGUAACUGCUCCUGUAGCUUGUGGGGCUGUCAUGGUACCCAGCACGAUGCUUAUGGGUCAGGUGGUGACUGCCUACCCGACUUUUGCCGCACAACAGCAGCAGUCCCACACGUUGUCAGUCACGCAGCAGCAGCAGCAGCAGCAGCAGCAGCAGCAGCAGCAGCAACAGCCGAGUUCCCAGGAGCAGCAUCUCACGUCAGUUCAGCAACCAUCUCAGGCUCAGCUGACCCAGCCACCACAGCAGUUUUUACAGACUUCUAGGUUGCUCCAUGGGAACCCUUCAACUCAGCUUAUCCUGUCUGCUGCGUUUCCACUACAACAGAGCACUUUCCCUCAGUCACAUCACCAGCAACACCAGUCUCAGCAGCAGCAGCAACUGAGUCGGCACAGGACUGACAGUCUGACCGACCCUUCCAAGGUUCAGCCACAGUAGCACACAGGCCUCCUCUCUGACUUCAUGGGAAGAAGGGGUCGGCCCGUAGAGUUGCUGACAGGAUCUGAGGAUUAGGAGGAAAAGCUCCAGCCGUUUCAUGAGAUGCAGUAUUGAGUGUUCUAGUUCCUCAAGUUAGUUAGCAGGGAAAAUGCUGCCUAGUGCUACGUACAUUAAAUACCAGCCAGCAGAUGAUCAUAGGGCCAUAGCCAAUUCUGACAGUGUUUUACUUGCCCAUAUACUUUUUGAUGAAAAAAAGAAUACAUUGCCAAAUGUUAAGAAGCUCAGCUCUGAAAUAUGACCUCCAAGUGAAUCAGAAAGGCACUAACAAUGUUAGUAACUUUUAGUGGUUCUGUGCCUGUUUUCAAGUGUUACAGAGGACACACCACUGCCACGUCAGGGGUUUGCUUACAAGAUGCCAUGGAGACAGUCCAGUAGACCCAGCAGGCCCUCUCCCCCAACCCCUCUCCCUUUGCAGAGAGUGAUGGAAUCGUAAGUAAUUUCAGAAUGUUGUGAGGGUUCAAAUUCUCUAUGUACAGAUGCUGUAAAAAUAUUAUGUAUAUGUCUGGAUAAAAGGAAAGAAAACAUUCUGUAUGCUGCAUGAAAGCAUUAUCUCCUCAUAGGUAUGAAUACAUUUCCUUAGAUUCUGAUGCCAUGUGCAAACUAAUACAUCCUUUGUUUUCCCUUUUGUUUACAACACAAUAGUGUUCUAUUCACUUUCCCGGGGCACAAGGCUUUUGUUCCUACUCGGCUGUGAUGUCACAGUUUGUUCAGUGAGGUAUGAUGUGCUUCUGGGAAUGGAUUAUUUUUUUCAGGUUAAAUUAUUGAAAUAACAGGAUUUUCAAGUUACUCAGAAACAUCCCUCAUUUCAUUAUUUUUCAAUUAUGUUUGAAAAUAGGAUUUGCACUGCUUUAUUUUAGAAGGUUGGGAGUUUUGAUCACAUAUUUUGAUAUAGUUCAUAGUUGGAAAUAGUUGUGUAAAUGGUUUUCGACAAGCCUGAAAGUAAUUUCAAGAAUGUUUCAGUUUUAGGAGUAAAAUUUGCACACAAAACAUUUUAGGCACUUUUUAACAUUCUCACUGGUGGGAAUUUUAACUUUUAGGAUUUGUUGGAAUCUUUUUAUUAUCCUUCAUGAUUUCAAUGCUUCUUUUAGUCAGAAAUGAUUCAGGGUUAUUUGAGGGGAAAAAAAAAACCCAUAGUGCCUUGAUUUUGAUUCAGGUGAUAAUUCACCAUCUUGAACUCAUUCUCUGGUCUCAGUAGCAGUUUUGAAACCUUAGUACAUUUUUAAUAGCAUGUGGGUGUCAUUGCCAUUGUUAUCCUCCUAAGUUCCCAGGAAGACUGCUGUGAGUCUCUUGGGCUGGAAGUACAAAUAAUUUAGAAAUAAAAAGAUGACAUCCUAACACUAUUAGAGUCAUUAUGUGCUCACAAAAUUGUUUUCCUAAAUCAGCAUCUUCCUUUAAAGCUAAGUAGUCAUUUAAGAAUUACUAGUAAAUAUUUGCUCAAUAUGAUCUUGAUGUCCUACAGAGGAAAAAGGGAUGGGACUCGGCUUUGCCUUCACGACGCUACAGUGUUGUAACUCACAUGCUUUCUAAACAUGAACUAAGAUUUCAUUUGGCAAUAUCAUAUUCUUAAAGGUAAUAAAUUCCAACAAAUUAUAGUCAUAAAAAAGCAUUUUAUAUAUUUUAUGGUACUAUAAUAGUUAAAUUUACAACUACAGAGCAAAGUAAAAUUAAUGGAAAAUACCUUGUUAGAAUAUCAAAAAUUAUUACUGAGAGAAAAGAAGACAGCAAGCUGAAAUAAAUCAAAAUUGACCUUAAAGUGUAUUAACAGAAUUGAGGUUGUUAAACAGAAAAGGUUUUGAGCAAUGAAAAUAACAUAAUACAGAAUUGCUAGAUAGAGUCAGAGAAACUCUAAGUCCGUUCUUAAAACUUUUCUGUCCUCAGCUUUGCUAUCAUCCUUACGGGACAUAUUUUGUCUUUCUGUAGAAAACUACACCUGGCCACACUUAAAUUAGAAAAUUAAUGUUGAAAAUGAAAACAACCAAAGAAAGUUGGUGUCUACCCUUCUAUAAAAGAAGUGUCACUAGAUACCAGUCAACAAUUAACAUAUCAAGGAGCUCAUCUUCUAGCUAAAUGAUUCAUCCAGAAUAGAUUUCUCACUUUCUCCUGAAUGUCAAGGACAGUUGUCAGAAUGUGUACUUGAAAGCACACAUACACAUAGACAAAAAAUUGAUAUUGUAGAAUAUGGCAACAGUACUUUCUCCCCUUUCAAAUUGCCUUUCUUAACCUUAUCAUGCCAUUCCAUAUGUAUCUGAGUUGUGCCUCAUUCGUUUUUUAGUGAUAUCUAGUGAUACGGAUUUAGCUAAUAAAAGAAAGAUAUGAAGAAGUAUUAAGGUUUAUCCUCUUAAGUACCACGCUUAAAAGAAGGAUGGUGGAUUGUGAGCACUGUGUACUUAACAAAAACAAAGCCUAAGACAAGCCACAAGGUAAAUGGGAAAGAAAAUUAGACAAAAAUUUGCAUUUAUACUUCCUGUUGUUUCUUACAGAUAAUUUUCUUUUCUGCUUAGAAUUGAUGGCUAAAUUUAAAGGAGCAGCUAGCUGCUUUUCCUUUGCUGUCAGUAUGCAGUGUUGUGUUGGAAGAGGUGGGAAGCACCAGCUGCCUCUUAGCUCCUCUUUUUUUCUUGCUUCUCUUCAACUUGGAUUGCAGUGCUGUCCCUGCCCCCUCCUGCAUGGAGAUUUGAGCAUUCUGAUGAAGAUUCAGUUGUUCUUCGUUCAUUUCUGUAGCCAAAGUUGUUAAAUUAAGAUUCUAAAUCUAAGUCAUGAAAAAACACCAAAUAGGAACAUCUUUCAGCUACUUAAAAAUCCUGUCUUCCCUCUGCUUUACUCAGUUUUUCUUAAAAAAAAAAAAAAAAAAAAAGAAAGAAAGAAUAAAACUCCAUUUUAUUCUGGGUGGCACUUUCUAGGAAAGAAAAUAUUGAAGAUAAGGAAAGCUGUUAGCUGUUGUGCAGUUACCCUGCUUUGGACCCUGCAGGCCCUGCAGGCAGCAGUGUUGUUUCACCACCUACAGGUGAAAACCACAAGGACUAAUAAAGUUGCUGCUGGGAGUGGUCCCCGAAGUACUCCGUUUUUUGAGUGGAAAAUAUUGAUGGAAAAAGCAGACAUGGAGGAUGGGGGAAGCAAGAAAGUACAUACUACCAGUUCAGUCUCCAAACUCUGUCCUAAGUUGAGGUGGUCAUUUGAGUCCUGUGCUCUGCUUUGUCACUUAAACCUGGUGUGGGAAUGUACCAGUGACUUUGAAUGGUUUGUUACAGAAUACUCUGGAAUAGUGCGAGUGUUACUUGGGUUCUUCGGAAGUGCUGCAGUGUCGGUUGUUGCCUUAAUGCUGUCUGCGCAGUUAGUGAAGGGCCCGGGAGCAGGCCAGCUCCAUGAGGCAUCACGUGUAGAAGGCGGAUAGAUGGACCUUGUUCGUUGGGGAAGCCUGAGCUCGGGGCCCUGCAGAUAGGUGUUAUCUUAAACUGGAUGUUACUCAGCGUGUUUUAAAACGUUUCCACUACGUUGAGAUGAACUUUUAAAAAGUGGAAUGAAUGCAAAUGGCAUUUUACUCUAGUACUGCUCAUUUCUUUUUUUCCCUUUUUCUGUAUUUCUUUGGUGAUUGGAAGUUUGUUGAUGAACAUUUGUGUAAAACUCACUCAAGUCUGUAACCUUUCCAAUGUCUGUGACCCUGUUCAUAGUCCCUCAGGAGUCAGUGUUGGAAGGUAUAAACACUGGAUAUUACUAUUGCUGAGUGAGUCUAGCUAGGAGUAAGCUGAUUGGAAUCUUUAGAUGAUGGAAAAGAAACAGCACAAAGGCACUUGCCAUUUUAAUAGUGAUUGGAGAAAGAGAACCUUUUAAGUUUGUUUGAAUUGGGUGAGCAUUCUUCUAAAAGGAGCUUCUGAAGUAAUUGCAGAGGAAAAGAAUCGACUAUUUUUAUAGCAUAUUUAAUAUAUUUGUAUAUAACUAUGUAGUAGGAACCUCCCACAUCCUUCCACUUUUCUAAGCUCCUCCCCCUUCGCCAUAGCUAGUCUAGCCUCAUCCGCAUGGGUAAUGUGCCUACUGUCAGCCUACCAACAGUUAGUGCUGCUGCUUUCUGAGACAGGUGAGACGACCCAACUCUCAUGCCUGGGGAUCCUUAUAUGGGAAUAGCACACACUUUUAAAACAACAUACCACAGUCUAAAAGCAUCAUUUUGAAAUGUAACAAGCACUUUAUUGCAAUUAUUCAUUUUGAUGAAGUUUAUUAUCUUAUAGGCAUUACCAUUUCUAAAGGAUCCCCAAAUCAUCACUAGGUGAAAUUUAAAAAUGACACAUUUCUGAGAAAUGUUUAGAUCCAGUGAACCGUAGUAGGUUUAUGGGAGUGAUUUCAAGGUAGCCAAAUGAACUUUGACUUUUGUUUUGAAUGUGAUGGAGUCAAGAGAUUGUAGAUGCUAGUUUCAUUUAGACACUAUUGUAAACCUAUCUUGCCUAUUGUGUGGACACCAAAAGAGACCAAUGAGCCUGUUUAUUUUCAGAGGUCUAGGAAAAUUGCAUCAGUGUGAAUAGAUGUAAAAAAUCAACCUAAAAGUGAUUGUUAGUAAUACUUUAGAGUACAAUCAUUUCAAGAAUUAUUCUGGGUGUUUUAAAUGUGCUCUGAAAUGUUGGCAUGCCAUUUCAGUGUUUCCAUUUGAAUUGCUCUUGUAAUAUUUUUGCACAAAAAGGACUGAGAAAGACUACUUUGGUUGAAGAAAAAAAGUGUAAUUCGGUCUUAAUGACUCCUGUGGAAACACUGGGGAUGAAUUUUGUUGGUAUAGUUAUUAAUUCAGGAUAUUUAAACAGUAUUGAACAGCUCACAAGAAAUUAAACAAACGUGGAUAUUUAAAAAUUAAAACUUUAUUUCCAUGUGAUGUUUUGCAUAUUUUCCCCAUGUCAUAAUUUAACACUACAUUCCUUGUUUUUCUUAAAUAAAAUAAUACUUUGCAGGUUCUGUUUUGAGUAUUUAACAAUAUUUUGUAAGCUGCCUGGGUUUUCCUAGGGAAACGUUCUUUAAUGAAAUAGGAUAUCGUUUUUGAAGACUAAGUGAAAUUCCAUCACCACCACCAGCAAACACUGAGGUGCUGCAUUAAGUGACAAUCAAAUAGUGAGUAUUUAUGGGAGAUUUUAGGAAGUGGUUUUAAAGAAGAAAUUGCUUUGUAAGCAGUUCUCUGGGUUUCUUGAAUAAAAAUGGCUACAUGUAUUUAUUUAUAUUUUUAAAUAUCUUUGUGUUCUCUUUUCUCAUCAGAGUGAUUUCACAAUGUCAUGUAUUUAAUUUGUGGUUUGUUUUGUUUUGCCUUACUGUAAUCUCUGACGUAGAGAACUAGCUCUCCUUACAUGGGGUGCAGCCUCUAGCCCUCAUGAUAAUUUUUCAUGGGCAGGCCAAAUCUGUUUUGCUUCAGGACAGCAGUGGAGGGCCCAGAUCCAGAGGCCCCUGCAGUUCCCUCCUGUUCUCAGCUCAUUUAAGGAAAAAAUAAAGGUAACUCCUUUGAAACCUGCUUCAUAUAGCUCCAACCUUUUUCUAGUUUCACUUGCUGCCUUUUCUAUUUUGGGGGCACUUUUUAUAUUACUUCCCCAACACAGCCAAAGGCCAGUAUGACAGAUCCAAUGGCACACAUUGCCUGUUUUUGCCCAUUUGGGGAAAUGUUAGUGAAAUGAUCAGCAUCUUCUAACGGCCACCACUAGUAUCAUAUCUGAAUUCAAAUCCAUUGCAAGUCUUUAAAUACAGGUGAAGUAAUGUAUACACACUGCAAACUCUUAUACAAAAAAAUGUUUGUCUCUAUAGUGCUGCUUGGUCUUUUAAAACAAAACAAAACCUCCACACACAGCACUGUUUAGUAAAGCAGUUUGAGUAUUUGGAGCCUAGAAAUUUGAGGAUACUUCUUGCUGGUGUGACUGGAACAGAAUUCUCCACUUUGGGGCUCGUAGAGUAGCUCAAGUCCCACAGGCCAGGUACAGGGCACACUGUCUAGCUUUUGGGAUCCCUUGGAGAAUGGUAAUUAAAGCAGGUCAACAACAAGUUGGAUUUAAUGGUGUAAAAAAUGUUUCUUAACUCUGAGGGUUAAAUUGAAAAUGUGAUGUUUUCAAAUGUAUGCUUUUAAAUUUCUGAGGAAACAAACUGUGACAUCGCUUUAAAAAUGACAUUCAAAUGUUUUAUAACAGGUGUUUUUGAGUUGGCCUGUACUGGUACAAAUUCAUUGCUGGCAAUGAUUGUGCCAGUACUAGUUAAUGUAGGGAAAGCUGUAUUAUCUUCAGAUUGAUGUAUUAUAUAACUAGACAAUCAUCAUCAAGCAAAAAAAAAAAAAAAAAAAGGGCCAGGAAAUGUCCUUUUUCUUUUUCAGUAGCUAUGCCAGCUAGAAUAGCUAUAAUUUAGACCAUUCUAGAAUUAGUUUGAAAUCUGUUUUACUGCAGUGUAAGUUGGAGAAGGACUUCUGUGUGGCACUUGCACGUUCACUCUAUGUAAAGAUUGAAGCCCAAAGAUGAGUUAAAAUUCAGUGCUGUAUUGAAACCAGUUAGUGCAAAAAAAUGUUUUCUCUUUGUAAAUUUCUAAUUGUUAACAUAAGUUGGUAGCUUAAAAACACACCAAAUUCUUUCUCAUGUUCUGUAUGGUUCUUAGUGUGCUACAUUGCUGUCCUUACUGCUUGGUUCUUGGUUUUAAAUAAAAUUUAGAUGUAGGCUAACAUUCUUACUUCCAAAAGGGUGGAGCUAUAAAUGGCUAACUAAUCUUGAGGUAAGAAUACCUAUAUUUUUUCUAAAGCAAACAUUUAAUUGAAAUCCAAUUGAUUAACAGAAACGAGACUAACAUUUUUUCAGGUAUUCAGCCCAAAUCCUAAAUUGCACAGAAGCAAGUGAAGGGAUAAUGAAUGGUUUCAACGGUGCUAUAUUAGGUUCUCUGCUAAUUUUCAUGAGCUAUGUGUGGAAAUAUUGUAUAAAAUGGGGAUCAUUUUGUUACUGAUACUGCCCUUUUAAUUUGGUGUUACAAUUGGUUACACUUGUUCUUCAAAGCUAUCCUUUUGCGAAGAGGUACAAUGUGUUCAUCAGCCUGCCUUCACUCAGGCCUAUUGCUACAUUAUCAUUUUCCCAGGUGAUGAUCUGCAUCGUUUUUAAAACUACAUGUACUAUUAUAACACUUUCCCAUCCUCCUGCAAUGUAUUCACAACCUGAAAUUACAGCAAGAGCCAAGCAGUAGCAUUGUUUUUUUGUAAAUGUAAAAAUAAUUAGAUCCAGACUUUGUUUCCUUACUCAAUUUCAAAAAUAAAAAAUACCUCAGUGCUAUGUUUUACAGUAUCACAUGCAUUUCUCAAAAAAAUAACACCUGCUUUAUGUGGCACAUACUUGUAAGAAUCACAUUAUUUUGGAUUUUAAAGAGACUAUUAAAUAUUUUAA